AUGGCUUCUGUAAGGAUACCAGCACUCCGUCAUUUGGCGACCUACCCCUUGCGGUCUGCCGCGCGCCUGCAAACCCAGCGUCGAUGGGCCCAGGUCCAUGAUGUCAGAUUUCUAGUCACCAAGCAACCACCGCAAGCCUUGCUUGACAAGUACCGCGAGAAGCUCAAUCAAAAGGCCAAGGACGAGGGGCAUGGCAGCAUUGACGACUUAAAAUCUGCAUAUGCCGAUAAAAUCGUUGCCGAGCGCAUAAGAGACGCCAUUGAAUAUCCGAUUCCCACGAUCCCCCAAGCUCCGGAAACCCCUAUUUCGCAGCCGAAUCGAGGGCCAAUUCCGUCCCAACAGACCGCCAAUGCAGCAUCCGCACCACCAAGCCCAAGUGGCAAAGCUGCUGUGCAAUCAUUAGACGAGAUUGUGGACGUUGAGAAAAUCCGUGAGCUCCCGGAAAAGGAGCUGACAGCAGUUUGGAGACUUCGCCACGCCAACUCACCACAUAAACUUUGCGCUGUCAUUCCCACAUCUUCCUACAAAGCCAUGGAGGAAAUGGCACGCAAGUCACCCCAGUUCGUUUUACCCGUGCCUCACGAGAGCCAGGGGGCCGAGAUUCACUUCUUGCAGUGGACCUUCGAUGCCGCGUCCAACACCAGCACCGUGCUCUUCACUCAGCUGGCAGAGUUCAAAACCCGCGGCGAGUUCGCCCAGCCUCACACAACGGUGACGCACCACCUCGACUUGGUUGAAGACAAGGGCCUCGUAUUGAUGCAGGGACAGACCAUGGAAGACCGGGGUGUGCAACCUGAACACGCCAAAUGGCUUGUCAUGUGCCUCCAGCGAUUCUACGGGGCCUGGGAAAGCACCGAAGCCGAGCUUGACGGCUCAAGGAAAGAGAGAGCCGACGAACGAAAGAAGCUGGUGGAGUGGUUUGGGAGCGGUGACUCUAGAUUUAGUGUUGAAAAGCUGCUUGAAGAGGCGGAGAGGAUUGGAUAG